GCAUUGCAACCCCAACGGGAAGACGAUAAUGCAAAGUGCAAUGUUCCUGGCUGUCCAGCACGACUGCGGAUCCAUGGACAAGAGCGCAGGCACCAGCCCCAAGGGCGAGGAAAAGCGGGAAAAAAUGAAGCGGACCCUAUUAAAAGAUUGGAAGACCCGUUUGAGCUACUUCUUGCAAAAUUCCUCCUCUCCUGGGAAGCCCAAAACUGGCAAGAAAAGCAAACAGCAAACCUUUAUCAAGCCUUCUCCUGAGGAAGCACAGCUGUGGUCAGAAGCAUUUGAUGAGCUGCUAGCCAGUAAAUAUGGUCUUGCUGCAUUCAGAGCUUUUUUAAAAUCUGAGUUCUGUGAAGAAAAUAUUGAAUUCUGGCUGGCGUGUGAAGAUUUCAAAAAAACCAAGUCACCCCAAAAGCUGUCCUCGAAAGCACGGAAAAUAUAUACUGACUUCAUAGAAAAAGAAGCUCCGAAAGAGAUAAACAUAGACUUUCAAACCAAAACUCUGAUCGCCCAAAACAUACAAGAGGCUACAAGUGGCUGCUUUACAACUGCCCAGAAAAGGGUAUACAGCUUGAUGGAGAACAACUCUUACCCUCGUUUCUUGGAGUCGGAAUUCUACCAGGACUUGUGUAAACAGCCUCAGCCAACCACAGAGCCCCAUGCUACAUGAGAUGAGAAAGGAAGCCCACGGGCAAAGGACAUUUCAUUUUUUUUUUUCCUAAGGGGAAAGGACGUGACCUGCCGUAAAGACUGACCUUGAAUUCAGCCUGGGUGUUCAGCACACAUCACUCAGAACUAUUGACAGUGAAGCAGGAAGCCGGUAGCUUCCACAAGUGUGAUGGAACACAGGGAGAGCAGGCGAAACGUGGCGUGUCUCACACUGGAAAUGCAGGAACGUGAGACUGAAAGUUAACAAUGUGACGCUAUUGGUCCAAAAGCAUUUAAAAUCAAUAGGUCUGGGAUCAUGUGGCCUUAGCUAGCUGGCUGUACAUCUUUCCGUGAAUCAGUCCGUGUUACCACAUAGUGGUGUAGUUUGGGGGUUUUUUAGUACUAAGUAACGUGUUUACUAUGUGCAAAGGUAUUGAAGUUCUUAUGCCUACAGAUCAUCAGUACUGUUAUGUCAUGUAACUCUAAGACUGAAACAGUCUGUGUUGGAAUUGUCAAGUGUUGUGUGUAAUAGAAUGAGUGCUGUUGUGUAGAAAACAACGUCCAUCAUGAGUGCCAAAACCUGUCCUGAUGGCAGCUAGACUUCGAAGUGGUCUUUGAAUACGUCUAAUAAAUUUAUUUUGAUAAAUAA